AUGAGAAAGAAGUACGGGAAGCUGAAAGACAUGAACGACCAAAUGUUGAAGAAAUUGGAAGAAGAACAGCAACAAAUCGAUGCCCUGAACAUCAAAAAGGACCAAUUGGAAGAGGAGUUGAUGAUUUCACCGGUAAAGCAGCAAGCAGUCCAUCUGUACGAGCAGCUGAGAUUGUUGGAGAUGAAACGAGAGCAGAUGACCCAGGAGUUGCAAUCCUCACUGAGCCCGCAGCAGGAAAAGGAGAAGCUGCUGAAACAAGUGAAAGAUGACAACAUGGAGAUCGCAUCCAUGGAGAGACAGGCGAGAGAUGUACAGGAGAAAGUGGAGAGGCUGAAUGAAGAGAGCCAACAGCUGGACGUUGACCUUGACAUGAACCAAGGCGAACGCAGUCAGCAAUAUAGAGAACUGAAGCAGAAGGAACAAACUUAUGAAGAAAAUAAGAAACUGCAAGAUAGUUUGAGGAACUUGGAUGAUCUUGAACGAAAGAUGAAGGACGAGUUGAGGACAAUAAAGGAGAAGAUGUCAACAAUGAAGGGAGAUAUUGAGGUCUACAGCGAUAUCGACCAACUGAAGAGAGAUACUGAAGAUAAAAAGAGAAAACUGGAAUCGGACAGAACGGAACUACAAAGAAGACGUGAUGACGUCAGAGAGAUGGUCGAUAAGCUGAGCAGACGUUUUGAAGAAAUUAAAAGUAAACUCAACGAGAAUGACACGCAUGCACAGCUAGUGAAUUUGGAAAGGAAGUGGCAGCAUCUGGAACAGAGCAACUUCGCCAUGAACGAAUGUCAGGAAGGAAUAUUUUGCUUUUUAAUCAAUCAAUUAAUUAAUUAA